CCAUUAGUACAUCCAUCUCUUCCACUCUCAGUCCUUCUCCCAUCCUCUCUCUCUCUCUCUCUCUCUCUCUCUCUCUCUCUCUCUCUGCACCAACACCAAAUCCAACAAAUGUGUUCGACCGGAGAGAAUCAGAUGACUCCAACCCAAGUCUCCGACGAAGAAACCAACCUCUUCGCCAUGCAGCUCGCCAGCGCCUCCGUUCCCCCCAUGGUGCUCAAGGCAGCCCUCGAGCUCGACCUCCUCGAGAUCAUGGCGAAGGCCGGGCCUGGCGCUUUCGUUUCUCCGGCGGACUUAGCUUCGCAGCUGCCGACCAAGAACCCUGACGCCCCCGUCAUCCUGGACCGCAUGCUGCGCCUGCUGGCCAGCUACUCCAUCUUCACUUACUCCCUCCGCACGCUUCCCGAUGGCAAAGUAGAGCGGCUGUACGGCCUCGGCCCCGUCUGCAAGUUAUUGACAAAGAACGAGGAUGGUGUGUCCAUUGCUCCUCACUUACUCCUAACUCAGGACAAGGUCCUUGUUGAGAGCUGGUACCACUUGAAAGAUGCUGUUCUUGAAGGAGGAAUUGCAUUCAACAAGGCCUAUGGAAUGACUACUUUUGAGUACCACGGCACUGACCCUAGAUUCAACAAGGUUUUUAACAAGGCAAUGGCUGACCAAUCUAGCAUUGCCAUGAAGAAACUUCUUGAGACCUACAAGGGCUUUGAGGGCCUCACAUCCGUCGUUGAUGUUGGUGGUGGCAUCGGCAGUGUUAUUCACAUGAUUGUCUCUAAGUACCCCUCAAUUAAGGGCAUUAACUUCGACUUGCCUCAUGUCAUCAAAGAUGCUCCCCAAUAUCCUGGUGUGGAGCAUGUUGGAGGAGACAUGUUCGUAAGUGUUCCAAAGGGAGAUGCAAUUGUCAUGAAACAUAUAUGUCACGAUUGGAGUGACGAGCAUUGCUUGAAACUUUUGAAGAACUGCCACGCUGCGCUCCCCGACAAUGGGAAGGUGAUUCUUGUUGAGAUCAUUAUUCCGGUAUCUCCAGACAGCAGCCUUGCCACCAAGUUAGCUAACCAUAUCGACGUGCUCAUGUUAGCUAACAACCCCGGCGGAAAAGAGAGGACGGAGGAGGAGUUUGAGGCCUUGGCUAAGGAAUCUGGAUUCCAAGGCUUCCGCGUCAUGUGCUCCGCUUUCCACAGCAAUGUCAUUGAAUUUCUUAAGAAGAAUUUGAUAUAACUUCGGCUAUGGUAUGCUGCCAUAUGCAUCCAUAUUGCUUUGGUUUUUGAUAUAGUGAUCGCAUGCGGAUUUUUCACCAUAAGUAGACUUUCAUGUAUUCCACAAAAAGUAGUAAGAAAGGGAUUUUAUGAUGCUUAUAUAUUAUAAAUUUGGAUUCAUACUUAUGCAAUGAGGUCUAACACAACAAAAAUCUGGUAUGUAUGUAUGCGUGUAUGUAUGCGUGUGAGCGUGUGUGUGUGUAUGAUGAGGCUAGUGCUGCUGCUGGGUCUUGAACCAUGUCCUUUCUUGAA